GAAGCCUCAUUUCUGCAUCUCAGCCGCCUCAAUGACGACCCGUUUCAGGAAGAACAGGAAGAAGCGCGGGCACGUCAGCGCCGGCCACGGCCGAAUCGGAAAGCACCGGAAGCACCCCAGUGGCCGUGGAAAUGCCGGAGGUAUGCACCACCACCGUAUCCUCUUCGACAAGUACCAUCCGGGUUAUUUCGGUAAAGUCGGGAUGCGCUACUUUCACAAGCUCCGCAACAAGUUCCAUUGCCCAAUUGUCAACAUCGACAAGCUCUGGUCCAUGGUACCCAAGGAAGCCAAAGAUGCUGCAUCAAAGGAAAAAGUGCCCGUGAUUGAUGUUACGCAGUUCGGGCACUUCAAGGUUUUGGGCAAGGGAGUUCUGCCAGAAAAUCAACCGGUGGUUGUUAAGGCUAAGCUCGUGUCUAAAAUUGCUGAGAAGAAAAUUAAGGAGGCCGGUGGGGCUGUUUUACUCACUGCUUAGGUUUGUGGUAUUUCCUUUUUUUUAUUAUAUAUUUUGAGUUGCUUCAGAAUUUUGGAUCUGGAUUUUAUAAUGGAUAUUGUUGCAUUUUGGAGUUCAAUUGGUAAUGAUUAUUGGAGUUGCUUUGAUA